UAGUUUAAUACUUCAACUCAUUUUGGACUUCAAAGAAAAAAAAACAAAGGAAAAGAGAAAAGAGAAAAGAAAAAAAAAGGAAGGCAAAAUCUCUCAUUCCCCCUCCUGGAGUCUAUCUCUCCCCGAAUUGGGUCGGCGUAGGUUUUUACCGUCUCUUACAUUUAUCCCUCAUUUCUUCAUUUCUGCAAAUCAGGAGACACCCAUCCCAAAAUAACGCUCGCCCAUUGUCCUCUUUUGCAAUUUCUCCUAAACCUUUUCAGGACUCUCUACUAGCAAAAAUCCCCAAAUGAUUUUUUUAAAAAAAAAUGCUAUACCACAUUCUUAGCUAGGGUUUUUUUAUUCGCUACGCCUGAGAUUCUUUUUUUUUAUUAAAUUUUAAUUUCAAUUUUCUUAGCCAGUUUGAUUGGUCUGAUCUGGUCAUGGAUUCGCGAGAUUCAUCAUCGUCGCCGGCUCCAAAUCGAGAUAGUUCCGCCGGCGAAGACGAUGGCGUCCUUCCCGUUACUGCUGCACUCGCUAAAGAAGCCGCUCUUCACUUCCAGUCUAGAAAUUUCUCCGAGUGCGUCGAUGUGUUGGAUCAGCUAAAGGUGAAAAAGGAAGGCGAUCCAAAGGUUCUUCAUAAUAUUGCAAUUGCGGAAAUAUUUCGGGAUGGUUGCUCAGAUCCAAAGAAGUUGCUUGAAGUCCUUAACGAUGUCAAGAAGAGAAGUGAGGAGCUUGUUCAUGCAUCUAGGGAACAGGCGGAGUCUGGUAGCAAUGGUGGUAAUAAAUUUACUUCGGGCUCAAAAGGCAGUGGUACAACUAUUCAGCAGUUCUCUUCUUCAGAUAGCGCCAGUGUUAUUUACACAGUUGAAUCUGAUGCCUCUGUGGCUGCACUAAACAUAGCAGUCAUUUGGUUCCACCUUCAUGAAUACUCAAAGGCAUUAUCAGUUCUUGAACCUCUGUAUCAAAACAUUGAACCAAUAGAUGAGACAACAGCCCUUCAUAUCUGCUUAUUGCUGCUGGAUGUUGUGUUAGCUUGCCGUGAUGCUUCGAAAGCUGCUGAUGUUUUAAAUUAUUUGGAAAAAGCAUUUGGUGUUGGCAAUGUGAGCCAAGGGGAAAAUGGUAACAUGACCACUACCCUGCAAUCCACGAAUCUAGUUGGAAAAUCUUCCUCUGUUCCUAGCAGCUCUUUCGUCUCAGAUGCGUCUAGUUCAGACUUAGCUGCUAGUGUAAAUGCCUCUGAGAAUCCUCUAUCUAGAACUUUAUCAGAAGACCGACUGGAUGAAAUGUUUUCGACCCUGGAUAUUGGUGGACAGAACUUACCACGGCCUACUGAUCUUACAUCUGCAAAUGAUCAUGCCCGGAUCACGGUUGAUAGAUCAAUCUCUGGUGUUGAUUUAAAGCUGAUGUUGCAACUUUACAAGGUUCGGUUUUUGCUGCUCACUAGAAAUGUAAAGCUAGCAAAACGCGAAGUGAAGCAUGCUAUGAACAUUGCUCGAGGGAGAGAUUCAUCUAUGGCUCUCCUUUUGAAGGCCCAGCUUGAGUAUGCUCGUGGAAACCAUCGAAAAGCCAUCAAGUUGUUGAUGGCAUCAAGUAAUCGGACAGAUGCAGCAACUUCAAGCAUGUUCAACAACAAUCUAGGCUGCAUUUACUAUAAGCUUGGGAAGUAUCAUACAUCUGCAGUUUUCUUUUCCAAGGCACUCAGUAUUUGUUCAUCUCUUCGGAAGGAGAAGCCUCUAAAGCUAUUAACAUUCUCACAGGACAAAUCUCUGCUCAUAACAUAUAACUGUGGGUUGCAGUACUUGGCAUGUGGGAAACCGAUACUUGCUGCUCGCUGUUUCCAGAAGGCAAGUUCAAUUUUCUACAAAAGACCCCACCUGUGGCUUCGGCUUGCUGAAUGUUGUCUAAUGGCUGUAGAAAAAGGACUUGUAAAAGGAAAUCAAACUCCAUCAGACAAAUCAGAAAUUAGAGCCAAUGUUAUUGGCAAGGGUAGGUGGAGGAAACUUCUAAUAGAAUAUGGGGUUUCAAGAAAUGGACAUGUAGAUUCUGUUGAAAAGAAUGGUUGGGCUUUAGGUGGUGAUGGGCAGCCUAAACUUUCAUUAUCCCUUGCUAGGCAGUGUCUCUAUAAUGCAUUGCACUUGCUGAACCGUUCUGAGUGGAGUAAUUCUAAAUCUGUUUUACCCUCCAAUUCAUUCGUGGAGGAGAGUGAAUCAAGUGAUGGUGCAUCUUCCAAGAACCUAAUCCAUAAGAAGUUACCUGUCAUCGAAUCCAGGGCUUCAACCAUGUUAGUUGGUCUAGUUAACUCAAAUGGAGAUUUGAAAGAGUCAAAGGGGGGAGCUAAUCAGGAGAUUGUUCAGAACUCCAUCUCCUAUUAUGAAGAUAUUCGCAGAAGAGAAAAUCAGAUGAUUAAGCAAGCUCUUCUUGCUAAUCUGGCAUAUGUAGAGUUAGAACUAGAUAAUCCUUUGAAGGCCCUCUCUGCUGCACUAUUGCUGUUAGAACUACCAGGUUGUUCAAGAAUUUAUAUCUUUCUUGGUCACGUCUAUGCAGCAGAGGCUCUUUGCUUACUGAACAAACCUAAGGAAGCUGCGGAGCAUUUGGCCAUUUAUUUGUCUGGGGGCAAUAACAUUGAAUUGCCGUUUAGUCAAGAGGACUUUGAGCAGUGGCGAGUAGAAAAACCUGUUGAUUGCGAAGAACCAAUUGGAGGAGCAGCAGCUGCCAAGAAUCCUUCUCAUGAGGGCUUGCAGGAAUUCAUGUUUCUGAAGCCAGAAGAGGCACGUGGAACCCUUUACACUAAUCUUGCCGCUGUGUCUGCAAUACAAGGUGAACUUGAGCGGGCCCACCAUUUUGUGACACAAGCAUUGUCCCUGGUACCAAACAGCAGCAAAGCCACUAUGACUGCAAUUUACGUCGAUCUCAUGCUCGGUAAGUCACAAGAAGCUCUGCCCAAGUUAAAACAUUGUAGUCACGUCAGAUUCCUUCCCAGCAGUCUACAGUUGAAUAAAUCCUCUUAAUUGUUGUGUGGGUGGUUACAAAUUUGACCGGGAGUGGACCACCACACGGUAGUUAGCCAGAUAGAUCAUCAAUCCUUUUAGAGGAUUUGUAUCAUAUAUAAUAUAGUUCAAAUUCAGAUAAUAAGUUUUUUGGCUUUUUCUUCUCCCUUUUAAAAUUUCCACAUCUAGGGUUCAUUUUUCAGUGGUGGGGCUGAUUUUCCACCUGUGAAUUUGAGAUUAUGUAGUAGUUCCAAUUCAGGCUUAUAUUGUGUUCUAGUGGCUAAUCCCCUCUGGUAUUUGAAGAAUAGAGAGAUUUAAACGGCAUAGAUUUUUGUUCAUUUUGGAUUUGAAAUCCUGAGUCAUUCAUUCAAAACGGGUUAUUGCUUUGCCUUCCAAUUUUCUUAAUUCUUCAUAUAUGUAAUACCCUGUAAUCAUUUUAGAAUUCAAAUACUCAUUUUCCAUGUCUGAA